GGAAAUUUCAGGUACAACCUGCUUUUGUGUAGGCAUUCGUCGCGGCGUGGAGACAGCAGCGGCGUUAACGAGCCAUAAAGAAACAUCGCGACCGGGCUUAUACUGUGGGCGCACGCGCUACCCUGAGGUGACAAUUACGCCCCUCUCACAGUCUACGGUGAGGUCCUCUGGCCUUUCACCGUAGGGUUGUUCUCGGCCACAGGCACCAAGUUCCCGCAGGAAGGGCUAUCUCGGCUUGGAGAAGUCAUGGCACCUGUGCUUGGCUACUGGGAUACACGCGGAUUGGCGCAGCCUAUCCGAAACCUUCUCGUCUACAAGGGAAUCGAUUUCGUGGACAAGCGCUACAAACUCAAUCCGGCGCCCGGCUACGGCCACGAGGAAUGGCUCGAGGAGAAGUUCACGCUGGGACUCCGGUUCCCAAACCUGCCCUACUACAUCGACGAGGAUGUCAAGCUGACACAAUCCUUGGCCAUACUACGCUACCUCGGCAGAAAGCACGGCCUGGCCGCAAAGAACGACAAGGAGUUGGUCGAACUUGACGUCCUAGAGCAGCAGGCCAGGGACCUGGUUCUCAUAUUGGCCUACGAGGCGGUGCCCCAGCCCCGCUACCGGGAGGGCCUCAAGUCGUACGCCGAGAACGUCAAGGACAUGCUCGAGCCGUGGUCCAGGCACCUGGCGUCCCGCAAAUGGGCCCUGGGAGACAGGCUGAUGUACGUCGACUUCGUGCUCUACGAAGGGCUCGACUGGCACCGCGAGUUCAAGCCCGAAGCACUGCCCAAAUACCCGCCGCUCGUCGACUACCUGAGGAGAUUCGAAGAGCUGCCCAACGUGAAGGAGCACUUCGCGUCGGGAAAGUACAAAAAGUGGCCCAUCACGUGUCCCCGGAGGUCUUGGGGAUACAGCAAGUGUCCCUUUAAGAGUGAGGAUCAGCGGGGAAUGGAUGAUGAUGAUGAUGAUGAUGAUGGUGGUGGUGGUGGUGGUGGUGACUGGGGAAGAGGAGUAUUUGUCUCCUACGCCGAGGAGGAUUUGUCUUCUACGCCGUCCUUGCCAGUGGUGGGCCUUGUGCCCAAUGUACAGAGCUUAGGACUAGUGGUUCCACACAUUCCGUUCGAGCUACAACUAAGGGAAGGCCACGAGUUCCUCCUGAAGAAGCUGCCUACCGCGAGAGCGAUGGUUCCCGUACUCGGCUACUGGAACGUCAGGUCCCUGGGACAACCUAUCCGCAACCUGCUCAUCUACAGGGGAGUCGAGUUCCAGGACAAACAGUACGAAUUCGGGCCCCCGCCCGACUACAGCCAGGCCGCCUGGCUGAAGGAAAAGUACACGCUGAGCCUCACGUUCCCCAACCUUCCGUACUACAUCGACGACGACGUCAGGCUGACCCAGAGCUUGGCCAUCCUCCGCUACCUGGGAAGAAAGCAUGGCCUGGCCGCCAGGAAUGAGCUGGAGAACGCAGAACUGGACGUGAUCGAGCAGCAGGCGCGGGACCUGUGCCUCAAGUUGAUCAAUGCGGCCACCCCGAAACCGGAGGACGAGUACGGUCUCUACUCCUACUCCAAGAUGCUGGGCGAGGUUCUGAAACCCUGGGACGACUUCCUAGCCUCCAGGAAGUGGACGAUGGGGGACAGGUUGACGUACGUGGACUUCCUGCUCUACGAAGGGCUCGACUGGCACCGACAGUUCAAACCAUGCGCUAUGAAAGGGUACAUGAACAUCCUUGAGUAUCUGAAGAGGUUCGAGCAGCUGCCCAAUAUCGAGGACUACUUCACUUCGGAUCGCUACAAGAAAUGGCCAAUCCUUGGCUUCCGAAGGACGUGGGGCUUCAAGAAGACUUCCAUGUGACACGCGUAGGCUGUUGUAGCUCUCUGCUUCCAAAAUAAAUCGUUCCAGUAUAUUCUGCGUAAAUGAAGGCAGUUUGGCACCACUUCAAAACGAAGAAGUCAUAUUCUAGAGUGAUCACUUCGGAAGACGUCGCUUUUCGGGACGCUUGAUUGACUAUUACCAUCCCCGAUAAUUCUCACUGGAGUGCACCAGGGCCGCACCAGUGUGUCCGUUUGUCCUCCAUAAAACGCACCGGUUCAUACCUACCAUCCUCAAAAAACAGAGCAGUUCAUGCAGUUCAUGCCCGGGGGUGACUGCGCACUGAUGUUCCAGUCUGGAAUGCAGCGAAGUGUAUGCGUACUGGUGAUGCAAGCCAGAAGUUAGGCCGAAAGGUAAAGCCUAAGCACUCGGGCAAGGCACUUGUGUAGUCGGGAUUUGUUUGGCGAAAUAUCUGUCAAAGGCGGAAGCCGGCGGGUUGUCGCAGAAUUCCACAAGAGCCACCGGCACACCGAUGCUCCAGCCAAAGGACAGGAAGCCAAAAAACUACAAGAGCGGCAAGUUGCGUAAGCCCUUCAUUCCGUACAUGCUUCCAUGCCCACUGACUAAUUAGAUGACUAAUGAAUGAAACCGUAACUAAUCUGAUUUCAGAACCAGCAACUGAAGAAGGAGAUAAAGCGUCAAGGCAACGAGUACGCAAGCUCUCCCAAGUAACAAAGGGCUUAAUAAAAAAACGACCAGGCAUGAAAGUGUCUAACUCAAGAAAUCAGAUAGAAUACUCUGAACUGUCGAAGCUGAUAAACAAGAAGGAAGCUGAUGUUCUAAAUUAUAACGCCAGAAAGAAUGAGGAAGCAGUAAAAAAAUCGACGCUGUAUGAAAUCAGUGAAACGAAAUCUUGGCAUUGGAAAAAGAAAGAUGUGUGCAGUGAAAGAUAAUCAGGCUAAGUUUAUGGGAAUUUCGAUGACAUAGUCAAGGCAGCAGAGGACUUCUAUACUAACCUUAUAGUACCCAGAGCAGCCACGCAACCUUGAUUGAAGAAGUGACGAAGCGGAUUGAGAAGCUCCAUGUGUAACUAGCGUUGAGGGGAGAAAAGCUUUGCAAGACAGGCUCCGUGAAAAAGUGGCAGUAGAAGAUGGAAUAAAAGUCGAUUCUAUAAAAGAUGGAGAAGAUAUGCUUGAAAAGAUUGCGGUCCUUUAUACCCAAUGCCUCACGACCUCAAGUGUACCAGAGAGCUGGAAGAAUGCCAGCAUUGUACUAAUCCACAAGAAGGGAGACGUUAAAGAAUUGAAGAAUUAUUGGCCCGUAAGCUUGCUUUCAGUAUGGUAUGGUAUGGUAUGGUAUGAUGAACUUUAUUUAAUGUCCUGAAGAUCAACCCUCAGGUUGACGCAGGCGGCUCCCACGUCGGGACAGUAAGGUUUAACCUUACCGCCGUAUCAUGGGCCUUCUGGACGGCCUGUACUUGAUCGAAAAGACCUCCACUGUGUAGGACUCGCUGCCACCAGUCUCUUUCCUUGUCACAGUCUGUGAAAGUCACAGGCCACUGCCAAAGCAUGUGAUCCAGAGUAAUGAUGCCAUUACACUUCUCGCAAUUGAUUGGUAUCUCUCUUUCAGGAUAUAUCUUGUUAAUAAAGUUUGGACUUGGAUAAGUUCUUGUUUGCAACAAUCUCAGAGUCACCGCUUGAGCUCUAUUGAGCUUAGCGUGU